AAUUGUAUCAUGUCAAGAGUCUCGAGAGGAAAUAUAUUGCUGCUUCCUCAAACAUACCGGGUAACAAGCUCAGCAGUCUCAGAAUCCCAUUGAAGAACACAAAAUGUCUUUGAAUUAAGAUAAACAGAUACUCUUGUGCUUCAUCCUGAGACCAAAUAUACGUUUAGGGUUUUUUCUUCAUCUAUUCCUUUUCUUUUUCGUUUAGGAUUUUUUCUUCAUCUAUUCCUUUUCUUUUUCGCUUAGGGUUUUUUCUUCUUCUCCUUUUCACUUCUUUUUCAUUAUCAUGAAAUGUAAGUCCAUCGAGAUUCACUUUUUUUCACUUCUUUUGUUCUCAAUAUAUCUUUGCAGCCUAUGUUGGACGUCCCGAUAUAUACCGCCAAACAUCCGUUUUUCUUGAGUUAUUUGUAAUUUGUCUUUUGCUUCUUUUGGUCUCAAAGAGGGUGAAGCACAUAUUAUCUCUUUAUCGUAACUGAAAGAUAUACAUCUUGAGGAAGCAGCAAUAUUUUUCCUUUGGAGUGGACUUACUCUUGCCAUGAUUGUUUUCGAAUAGAUUGAAAUCAACUUUAUUUUUAAUCUUACCAAUUAUUACGACGUUUAGGGACAUAUAAUCAGUCAGCUGGGGUGCCAACAAUCUCAAUGUGAAUUUUGUAAUGCAACCAUCCUAUUGGCCAGAAUAGGAAACUUUAUAUGAAAUGUCUCAAAGAGAGUUUUGUAACUCUGUAUUCUCUCUUUGUUAAUUACUUCAUUAGUAAUACUUUUAUUGCUAAGCUUUCUGGUGUUGUUGGAUGAAGAAAUGGGAAGCAAACUGCGUUUCUGACAUGUAUUCUUUAUAUUGUUGCACAUAACACAGCAUGCCAUCUCUGCAUGACCAGAAAAUUCCAAUUGAUAUGUUUUGUACAGCUUUGCUUAUGAAGACGGAUAGGUGUAUCCGUUAGAACGAACAUGUGAAGGGAAAUUUUAGUUUAGUAAAUUGCAUACUCUUGACCUCCUAGAGCUAGCCUCCUGCAUUAGGCUGCCUCUUUUACUUUCUUUUGUGUGGGAUUAUUUUCUAUACCUGUGAUCUUGAGUAGUGUUCUAAAUGUACAAGCUCAAAAUUUCUUAGAAAAAUGAUUGGGAUGUUUUCGUCACUUGACCUCCCAGACUGAGUCUCUAGCUUCGUUCUGCCACUUUACUUUCUUCUGGGCGGGAUUAUAGGCUGAUAGCUUGGUGGUUUUGAGUGGUAUCUUACGUAUACAAGCUAGGAUUUUCUAUGAAAAAUGAAGAUUGGAAUGUUUUCCGCAACCUGACCUUUCCAUAUCUUAAUUGAAUAGAUAUUGUCUGGGUCAUUUGAGACCCAAACAGGACUCUGGAGGUGGAGUUAUGCUGGGAGUUAUAAGUCAAAAUUAGAAUGGGCCUCCAGAUUCUUAACAUAAGUGCCACUUAAAUAUGACAGAGGCAAUGCGGAAGGUUUCUGAUGGGAUAGGACGUCCCACUGAUAACGUUCAGAUUGGCAUUAUUGAUCCUGAUUGUAGGUUGAUUGGACUUCACUUUUAUGUUGGUUUGUUCAAAGUUAUUCCCUUUGACAACAAUGGUCAGCUCAAGGAAGCAUUUAAUAUAAGGCUGGAGGAGCCUGAAGUUUUGGAUAUCAAAUUUCUUUAUGGUUGUUCAAAGCCAACCAUCGUGGUUCUUUACCAGGAUAAUAAAGAUGUUCAUCAUGUUAAAACAUAUGAGGUUGUGCUGGAGGAUAAAGAUUUUGUUGAAGGUCCAUGGUCCCGGAACAAUCUUGAUAAUGGCCCUGAUCUAUUGAUACCAGUUCCCCCACCACCACUUUGUGGCGUGCUUAUUGUUGGAGAAGAAACCAUUGUAUACUGCAGUGCUAAUGCUUUCCAGACUACCCAAAUUGAUCCUUCAAUUACGAAAGCCUAUGGAAGAGUUGAUCCUGAUGGUUCUAGAUAUUUACUUGGUGAUCAUAUGGGGUUGCUUAGCCUACUUGUAAUAAUCCAUACUAAUGAAAAGGUUACUGAACUCAAAAUUAUGCCCCUUGGGGAGACUUCCCUUGCAUCUACAAUAUCAUACCUUCAUAGAGGAUUCGAGUAUAUUGUUUCAAGUUUUGGAGUAAUUUGCUAUUUCAUUAGGCCACCUGUGAGUCUCCAGAACUUGAACCGAUAUACACUAAUCCAUCAUCAAGAAAUAGCAUAUUAUCUUACAAUAACGGAGGGAAAGAAAGAACAUAUCUGUUUUAGCAAGCAUUUGCAAUAUUAUUGUAAUUAGUAAGAACAUAAAUAAAACACGUGGGAAUUGGUACACCCAGAUCAAUUUUUUUCAAUUGAUAUUUUCUUUUGCUCUAAUUUUUUUGCUUGGCAAUAUUAAGGAAGUUAAGAAAGGAAUCUGUAUUAUGAAGCAAUUGUAAUACAUUGUAUUCCAUAUUUAUCUUGUUUUGAUGACUUUGAAUUGUAUUA